AUCUUUUUGUCUCAAAUGGAGACUGGAGAGGUUAUGACCAUAGAGUUAUUAUAAUGUACGCGUGCAUUAUAAUAACUCUAUGGUUAUGACCACGAUAAGAAAGCCAACGUCCAAAUUUUCCCGCGCUUUGUAAUUUGACUCUUGUGAUUUUUAGGAGGCCCAUUUUCGGCCGUUUUCGGUUUCUGGCGUUACUUAUAACUUUCGAAUAAGAUAUCGGUUCGGGCUGAAACUUAUGCAUCUGUUUCGGACCUCUAUCGCUACCUUUGGGCAGAAAAUGAGUGUUCGGCAAUGCGUAAAUUAUUUUUGCGGUAAAAAUAAAAAAAUACAAGUAAUUACUAGCGCCAUCAACGCAGCCGACGUGCACAUACUGUACGUUAGCAUGACGGCCCUGGUAAGAAGAGCCGAUUUUUUGCUUUUAUUGUGUAUGGCUGCAAUUGUUUGUGUUAGCAGGUUGUGUUGAUAGCUCGGAGUUCGUCCAUAGGUUCGUCCGUCCAAACUCGAAGUUGCAACGCUUGCAAAGUGUUUGCGUGCCUGCGUAAAUGUGUCGAGAGGCUCGUGCAGCAGAGAACAGACGCUUGUCGCUUGCGGUCCCGAGAGGCAGGUGAAACCGAUGACGUCAACAACCGCUGCGAACUGAAACUUUCCCGCUGUGUCAUGGAGGACGGCAAGUCUGCCCUGCUCGGCUUCCUUAAAGGCAUGUACGAUUCUGUCGCGGGAAUUCGAGUCCUUUAUGAGCUCGGCAGAAGGAGCAGCCAAGACUCGUCGGCCACCGAUUUGGUGACCAAGCAGCGCGCGCCGAGCACGACUCCGACGCGUCGCAGGGUCGCCCCAGCGACCCCGCGUUCAGCCGACGAACCGCGGGUCCUCCAGCGCAUCUUUCAGUGCUGUCUGCUGAACGGCGGUGUGUUUGGCCUCAGCAUCUUGGUCUUCUACUGCGCGCUCCUCCCGGCCGUCUUCCUGCUCAUCCGUCUCCUCUUCGGCGGCGACGGGUCCCCAGCGGGUCGCAUCUGGAGCUGGCUGCAUCCCCUGCUGUCCUACACCUUCGAGGCCCUCUGGGUCCUACCCCUGUUCCUCCUCAGCAAGGUGGUGAACAGCCUCUGGUUCCAGGACAUCGCCGACCAGGCGUACCUGGAGAUCCGCGGGAGGGCGCCACAGCUCCUGCCCAGCCUGAGCCGCGUCCUGGCCGACACCCUGUUCAGCGUGCUGGUGCAGACGCUGUUCCUGCUCCAGUCGCUGCUGGUGGCCAUGCUGCCGCUGGGCCCGCUCGGGGCGCUGGUGAGCCUGGCGCACCUGAGCCUGCUCUACUCGCUGUACGCCUUCGAGUACACCUGGUUCAACAUGGGCUGGGAGCUGCACAAGCGGCUCUCGUUCAUCGAGCAGAACUGGCCCUACUUCGUUGGUUUCGGGCUGCCGCUGGCGGCUCUCACGCAGGGGGCGCCCACCUUCUUCGCCAGCGGCUGCUACUUCUCGGUCCUCUUCCCGCUCUUCAUCAUCAGCGCCCAUGAGGCAGUGCCCAAGACAGAUUCUUCCAGGUUCCCCCUGCAGCUCUUCUCCCCGUCCAUCUGGGUCUCCAACGCCAUCUUCCGGCAGCUGACCACCAACUCGGCCGUCUCAAAUCCGGCCCUGGACGGCUUGGUCCGUCGGACGCACAGCAAGGAUCGCAAAGCAAGCCGGAGGCACCAUGCCCUGUCCAGGCCGCAGCUACCACAGGGACUCUCUGCAAGCUGAUGGACUGGUCUGAACCGACCUCUUUGUCUGCUAAAUUCUACCUUUGUCCAAACUGUGAUGAACUGAUCUGGAUCAAUCUGCUCCUCCGCUAAAUUCUGCCUUUGUCCAAGCCAGUGGACUGGUCUGGUAUGAUCUCCUUGUCUGCUUAAUCCAACCUUUGUCCAAGCUGAUGGGCAGGUUUGAAUCGACCUUGUGCACUAAAUUUUACCUUUGUUUAUGUUGGUGGACAGGUUUGAGUCCAUAAUGUCUGCCAAGUUCUACCCUUGCUUAAGCACAGGGACCGGUUUGGAUCGAUCUCCUCUCCGCUAAAUCGGAUUUUUGUCCACCGAGCCCUUAUGCCAAUCUUUGGCAAGUGUUACUGGCUCUUACGGGCUGUACCCUAGUUGAUGUUUUAUGUUUUCUCCGUGUGUGUCCGAUACAAAUAAUGUUUGCAGGACCCAUUGGAUCGCAAGCCCUUGUGUCAACUGCCCAAAGGAAUGCAACUUCCUAUGCUUCAUUUCACCGUAACUUGUGGCAAAGGACGAAGUCGGUGGCCCCAGCGAGCCAAUAGGCAUGUCGGAGCGAGGCACGUGACAACACAUCGUUGGAGUGCACUUCUGCGGAGAGCUUUGCUCCGUCGCUCUGAUUGGCUCUUGAGGGGGCCGUAAAGUUUGCUCUUUGCCAAGUUGUGGUGAAACGAAGCAUGGAGACGCCCUGCUUAGAAAGCAGUUUUAAAAUGAACAAUGCUCCCAAGGAAGGAUGUCACAGCUAUCUAUAUCCCAAAUUUCUGAGCUGUUUGAGUGGGAGAGACUGUCCUGCCUUUUUCCUUUCAGACUUCGGGGUUUUCACUCACCAGCCACACUUUCAUGUCACAUCCCUCAAACUUUUCUGUGCCUUUGAAACUUCCGUGCAGCAUACGAGUCUCACAAUGUUGCUAAGCACUAUGCACGAUCUAACUUAAUUGGUCGAAUGACCCGCAUCAAGUCAUGUCGCUCCGUAAUUGCUGUACGUGACGUGCCACCUUUAUGUCGCCAGUAGCUCGAACGAAUUGAAGUGUCCCAUGUAAUUGAGCCGUCCCAUCUGACGAGCGUAGCGCACCUCUUCUAUGUCUAGUGUGCUCGAUGGGUGCAGCUUUGUGUGCGGCUACCAUUUUGUGUGUGCUAGUCGGGCGCGAGGUACACUGACAAAUUGGCGCGCUUGGUUGGGUGCUUUGUGAAGUGUACAUUUCACAUGUGAUAUACUUUGGUACUAUGAGUGAGGCAGAGCCCCGACCAGCGUUUGGUGUUUCUCGCGGUGUCCUGUGAUCCUUGUAAAGCUGCUUGUACAUAAGGACGUUUUGCAAUAUGCAGUACACAAUGAGCGGUGCGGAAGGGAACAGUAUUGUUUGCAAGUUUUUUUUCGUAUUUGCGCGUGUUCGUUUUUGGGUGAUGAGGAAUACCUCGCUGUUUAAGGAGCACAGAUUUUUGUACGAUGUGUAGACGAAAGUAAGCAUAGCUUUGAGAACUCUACGAAGUGCAAGUGUCGCCAAUCAAAUCAUGCAUGCAUUUCGUCACGUGAGAUGUUCAUUCAACCCGUAAUAUAAUUUUUAUCGCAUUUGUUUUUAUUGGGUUGAAUUGUUUUAUUGUAUAUAUAUGUAGGUAUUGUUUCAUGGGCCAAGGAAGCGUUUUGACAUGCUACAUGCGCUCUGCAUUUUCCAAAGCCCACUUGCGUGCAAGGAGGUCAAGUGUACUGGUAUCUUGACUUAGUCUAGCAACAAUAAAUAUACUCUCAAUUGAUUGUA